AUGUACAGCCAGCGCUGCCAAACGGCCUCCAACGGCUACAGUGCUGGCUACGCUGGCAGUCCGCCCCUUUCCGUGCAGCUUCUCAACAAUGAUGCAGACCUUCCGGCUGUGCAGCCUCCGCAUUUCCGCUCUGCUCUGCCAUUGUUUGAUUAUCAGCUCCGAAGCUUGGGCUGGAUGAUGUCCAGGGAAGAUGCUUCUGAAGGGAUGCGGGGAGGUAUUCUGGCAGACAGCAUCGGCUUUGGCAAGACCACCAUUACCUUGGCCUUGAUGGACCACCGGCGUUGCAAGCAACUACCAGUUACCUCAAAGGAUCUCAUCCCUUCGCGAGCCACGCUUAUCAUGAUGCCUCCAAACCUUUGGAGGCAAUGGCAAAACGAAAUCCAGAAGUUUCUUCCGGUCGGGUCGUUUCGAGUUCUGGCUGCUGCCAAUGGAGGCGAGCUGAGAAGGCUGUCAGUGGAAGACAUUCAGACGUCAGAUGUGCUCAUCGUUCCUUACCAAAUUUUCCGUGGUCGGGCUUAUGCUGGUUUGAAGCUGAGAUUGAAGCAUUUCUACUGGCAUCGCAUCAUUGCAGACGAGUUCCACGAGCUCAUCGGUGCGGCCGUGGAUGGCGAGCAUCCCUUUAAUGAGGCCAAGCAUCAGCUUUGCCAUCUUGAGGCGGACAGUCGCUGGGGUCUCACCAGCACGCCCCCUUUCAAGACCGUCGCCGAAGUGGCUGUCACCGCCACGUUCUUUCAGAUGAAGAUCCAGCGCACUGAGCAGGACUGUCGCCUAUUUAUUGAGAAGAUGGUCCGGCAGAACAAGAACUCCAUGAAGUUGCCAGAUGUUGUGCAACAUAAAGUCGAAGUCCUACAAUCGCGACAUGAACGCGCCCUGUAUCUUCAGCGUGAGAGGGAAAGCUAUUCCGCACCCAACAUAUUGUGGGACUCUGCUUCGCUUCAUUUCAUCCACUCUGAGGGGAGCCCCAGGCGCACACUGAAAACUCCUGAGCAAGUCUGCCUGGAAAUGCUGAAGAAGGAUCAAGAGGAGACUCGGAGAUAUGAUGACCUGCUCUUCGAGCAUUCCGUGAAAAUAGAAGCUUACUUCCGCGCUUACCGGCAGCUCUUGGAGAACUGCGCCAUGGGUUCCAACGACACCUUGCCCAGGCGGCCGGCUGACGGACCGAGUGAGCUGGGGUCAGCCUCUGGCUUUGGAUUGCAACACUUAGAUGAGCUCAAGUCAAGGUUGCAAAGUAGCAGACACUUGAACGAGGAAACGCGCAACAGCGAUGGCAAAAAGACUGCAAGUGACAUGCGCACGAAGUGUAUUGAAGAGGCCGCCAAGCAGAAGCAGAUCCACCGAAAUGACGUUCUCGCGACUGCUGGAGCAAGAAUCACCUUCGAAAAGCUUCUUUCGGCUAUCGACAGAGAAUGUCGCAACGAGUUAUGCUGUUUGCGCAAUCUGGAGCAGCACCUCACAAAGUCCCUCCUGUUCGAGCGAUCACUUCAAGACACAGAAGACCAUUUCGAGUGUCCGAUUUGCUAUGACGAUUUGCCCUGGAGUGAGUGCGGUAUUGCGCCCUGUGCCCACAAAGCGUGUUUGAGGUGCUGGAGCAUUUGCCUCUACCAGGACGGGCGGUGUCCGAUUUGCCGCUGCGAGGUCUUGAUCACACGGGUGGUGUCCGUUGAGAUUCCCAAAGCCUUUAUGCAGAAGCUGCCUGACACGCGCAGUUUGGUGCAGAAACUGGGUCAACACCACAACCGAAGGCAGUCUUCAGAGAUGUACAGCGCCUAUGGAUCAAAGCUUCAGUCUGUAAUGGAGACGAUUCAUGGGAUUUGGGACAGCCAGUCCGGCGCGAAGAUUUUGGUGUUCUGCCAAUCUGAAGAUCUUCGCAUAACAGCAGAUGCUGCCUUUUGGUCCUUCGGAGUUGAGCAUGUCACGUUGAAGGGCGACGCCUUAGAGCGCUCGAAGGCUGUCGCACGCUUUGCAGAAUCUCCGCAUACGAAUGUGAUGCUGUUGUCCAUGGAAAUUUCUCCAAGCGGCUUGAACUUAACCAUUGCAAAUCACAUCAUUCUGGCACAGCCCACCAGGAGGGGUGGGGACGAGACAAGCGUUGACUUCGAGGAGCAGGCAAUUGGACGAUGCUGGCGAACUGGUCAGCAAUCGAUAGUGCACGUUUGGCGCCUGUGCAUGCUUGGGACGGUUGAGGAGGAAAUGGUAGAUAGGCACAUGGCGGCUUGGACAGAAAGGCAAAUCCGACUCGGCUCUACACCCCAGGCAGUAAACCACUGCCCGCGCGGUUAG